AUGGCCUCAACCAACAUUGAAUCCCACGAACGAAACCGUGCCUCCUGGAACCAUGCCAUUGUUGCUCACAACAGCCACAAGGUCGACCAGCAUCUAUUCUUCAAGAAUAAGGGUUCAACUCUUUUCAGGGAAGAAAUGGAUCUCCUUGGGAAUCUCGCCGGCCUCUCGGUCUGCCACCUCCAGUGCAACUGCGGUCAGGAUACCCUCAGUCUUGUUACCACGCUCGGUGCAGAAAACCCUGUCGGCAUCGACAUCAGUGACACCGCCGUAGAUUUCGCAACCCAGCUCGCAAAGGACUCUGGCAUCGAUGCAACCUUUAUCCGAUCGGAUAUUUUCGAAUACUUCAAUACCGCAGAGCCAGAUCAAUUCGAUGUCGUCUUCGCGAGUUAUGGCGCCCUCAAUUGGCUCAGUAGCAUGCAGAAAUACGCUGCUGGUGUCAGCAAGAUCUUGAAACCUGGCGGACGAUAUUGCCUAGUCGAGUUUCACCCCGUAGGGUACAUCUUCAACCCAGAUAUGGUCCAUGAGUACCCAUACUCGAGCGCCGGAGAGCCCAUCCACAGCGAAGAUGGCGUCGGCGACUAUGUGGCUCUGUCAUCGACAGAAGAUAGAGAAGUCAUGCCGAACCUCACGUACGCCGAGGGCAUCAAGGACUUCAAAAACAGCAACCCAAGUACAGAGUUUUGCUGGGGCCUUGCAGAUGUAAUUGGAUCCAUGGCAGAGACCGGCCUACAGCUCUCGCAUUUCAAGGAAUAUCCUUACUCCAACUUUUACAAGAUUUACAAGUGUAUGACUCCAGAAAAGGUCAAGGAAGGCGUCCGAUGGUGUUUUGAUGGCCCCAUGCUGCCCUUGAUGUAUUCGAUCUGUGUCAAGAAGCCCUUGCUGGCAUAG